AUGCCAAGAUCUUUCCUAGUGGAUUCCUUGAUUUUGAGGGAGAAUGGUGAGAAAGGAAGAGAGAACAGUCCUCCGUUAUUUCCAUACGCCGUCCAUCCGUCGCAUCCACUCCACGGCCUCUCCGGCGGCUCCUGUCACUCUCGCAAGGCGGGUCUGUUGUGUUUUUGCCCGCUGUGCGUCACCGCGUCUCACCUGCACCCGUCGCCUCCAGCGCUGCCGCUCAUCAAGGCAUCUUUUCCCUCCUUCGGCGCACAGUAUUGUCACUCCGCGCUAUCCAGGCAGCACUCCACUUCUGGCGGUGUAAAUCUGAACAGCGGCUCGGGGUUAUACCAAGCCACGUAUCCAGUGCCAGAUCCGCGACAGUUCCACUGCAUAUCCAUAGAUAAUAACAGCAACCAACUUCAUAGCAGCAAGCGCAUGCGCACAGCAUUCACCAGUACGCAACUCCUUGAGUUGGAGAGGGAGUUCACGUCCAACAUGUACCUGUCAAGACUUCGGCGCAUAGAAAUCGCGACUUACCUCAACCUCUCCGAGAAGCAGGUCAAGAUCUGGUUCCAGAACCGACGCGUCAAGCACAAAAAAGAAGGCAAAAGUGGUUCUCACAGGACGGGAGCCCACAACUGCAAGUGUUCGUCGUCUCUUUCCUCCGUCCGGUGCUCCGAGGAAGAGGAUGACCUGCCCAUGUCACCACCAACAUCAGAGAAAGAGGACGGAGAUCUGUCCGUUAGCCCAUGAACUCUUAUUAAGCUCACCUCAAAAGACUCACCUGUAUCCCACACCUGUGGAAUCUUCAAUGCAGCCAAAAAGCGACGGCAUUCCUGCGUGCGCCGUCAUCUGUAAAUAGCCAGAAAGAUAAAAAAAUCUUUAUAUAUGUUCGGGGUCUGCGCAUCCCUUUAAUGUUGUAUAUUUCUAUACAUUGUAUACAUCUUGUUUGUUUUGUUUGUUUGUCUGAAAACGCAUCCAAAAUUCUUUCCUGUUACCACAAGUUUUCCAUAUUUGUGUAAUCAAACGUUCCAAAAUGAAAAAUACUUACUGUUUAAUUACAUUUUGGACAUUGAAUACCGUUUCCUUUGUAUUUUGUGAGUGGUGAGUACAGGGUAGCUUUAAGCACAUCAUUUUGGGACGGAAUAGAAAUAUGGGAUGUAUUCGGGACGACGAACGUUAACUAGUGUCACUUUAGUGACAGAAUUUGUUAUUGUACUUUUAUUGUAAUGAGAAUAUUUAUUUAUUUAAAAAUCUUAAAACUGAAAAUAAAGAAUAUUUCUUAGUGACAAAA